GAUUCAAGCCCCACCAGCACCACCAGGACCUGCAGCUCCAGAACUGGCAAGGCUUGGCAUGUCUGCACAUCAGCACCUUGAAGGGGAACAUCCCAAUGAUGUCUCUGCUGCUGCAGAGGGGUGCUAACAUCGAUGUUCGGGAGGGCACAAGCGGGAAGACCCCACUGCACCUGGCUGUGGAGUGCCACAACCGCAGGGCUGUUCAGUUUCUGCUGUGCCACGGGGCCUACGUGGAUGCCCAGAUCUACAACGGGUGCACCCCGCUCCACCUGGCCGUGGGCCGCAGGGACGCUGCCAUCGCUGCCAUCCUCUCGCACUCCGGGGCUGACACCCUGCUGAGGAACAUGGAGAAUGAGACAGCCCAGGACCUGGCUGAUGGCAACGAUGAUCUCCUCGCCUUGCUGCCCUUUGAUGACCUGAAGAUCUCAGGGAAGCCUGUUGUGUGCUCUGAAUGA